AUGCAGGAUUCACCCAUUAAUAGUAGAGAGCCCGGGUCAAUUCACUUAGUUGUUUUAGUUCAUGGUCUUUGGGGAAACAGAACUCAUUUCGACUACAUUCGGGGUGCGCUUGAAACGGAAUUCGAAUCUCGAAAGUCGAAAGAUAGCUCUCGAAACAAUGAAGAGCUCGUUAUAUACACAACACACUUGAACGAAGGUUACAAAACCUACGACGGAAUCGACGUUUGUGGUGUCCGAGUAGCGGGUGAAAUAGAGGCCCAACUUACGGAACUUAGUUCUGUGACCAAGUUUUCCCUCUGUGGUUACUCCCUGGGCGGAUUGAUAGCUAGGUACGCACUGGGAGUGCUGCACAAGAAGCAGGUCUUCAAAAAGCAGGACAUCGAACUUCUGAAUUUCACCACUUUUUGCACGCCUCACGUCGGAGUGUACGCACCUGGAGAGAAUAUAGCUGUGAAACUGUUUAAUAUCGCCGUGCCACUGGUUUUGGGCAACACGGGCAAGCAGAUGUUCUUGAAGGAUAAAGGCCAGCUCACAAACGGAUCGCCACUGGUCGUUUCGAUGAGUAUGGAGAACUCCGUGUUCUUCAAAGCAUUGCAAGAAUUCAAAAAUACUGCAUUAUACGCCAAUGUCAUCAAUGACAAGAGAACGGCCUGGUGGACUGCUGGGAUAUCUAGAAACGACCCGUUCUUUGAAGUUGACGAAAAAAAUGGCGACCACCGUUUCAGCUAUGUAAAAAAUUACGCUCCUACGAUUGUAGAUCACUCCAGGUCCAUCAAGAUCACCCGCAUCGAAGAUUUCAAUGAAAAGGUUCAAGAAGCUAAACAGUCACGUCGUAGCGGUAACACCAAAGUCGAUCCCCGAGAAUACUUUUUCCUCACUUAUUGGUUUGGUAAAUUUUGGCGCUGGCUCGUAGUAUUGUUCAACUUGUUGUUGAUAGCCCCGAUUUGGGUUAUUUGGUUCCUGUUGUCGGGGACUAUGGAGACCAUCAAAUCCACUACGAGGGCUGCAAAGUUUAUGAAGGGUUACUCCCACCACUUUAUUGAUGACGUUUACGACACCACCUCCGAGGAGCCAGCAUCAGAAGAUAGAAUUGACGUCACAUCUGAGACACCCAAUGAAUACGAACUACAGCUCCAGCAGUCUCUGAACGAUCAAACUGAUACCUUCAUCGAAAGUGUGUUCAGUGCUAUCGAGAGAAAGAACACGCUCUCUGCUAUAAUUGACGAGACGGAGCCUGAAGAUUUCACAGAUACCGAGGACAGCGACCGUGUUGUGAGAACGACUUUGAAAGAGCUAGAACUGCUAUCAAUCGAGGAAGUCAAAGCCCGUAGUUCUCGCUCGGCAGACAUUGAAGAUGAACUCCCAUCGCUGCAAAACUUGCAUUUGAACUUAACGCCUGCUCAGAUACAAAUCAUAAAGUCGCUAAACAAAAUCUCCUGGCGCAAAUUCCCCGUUUACAUUCGCAACACGGUGAGCACCCACGCUUGCGCUAUAGUGCGUCACAAGGACCAGAACUUUGAAGAGGGAAAAGUCGUCGUAGGCCACUGGGUAAAGGAAGUUUUCGAAUUUUAG